UGUUCUUACCGACCGAGUCUGACAGUAACCAUAUGUUGCAAUGUUGACAGUUCUCAAUAAAAACAUCUAAAGCGAAUCGGAAUUCGGAGAAUCGAUUACUUAAAAAUGUACAUCGACAGAUAAGCUAAAUCAAUGCAAACAGAAGUUAUUAAACAUGUGAGUGACUAAUGAGCAGCCUACCGAAACCAAUUGGCUCCGGGGCAAGCCAAAAAUUUUUCCACGUUACCAAGGACCCCCCCUUGUUUUUUAUUAUGAUGCGUCUGAACGUAAAAGUCGCUUUGUUGUUCCUGACAACGAUCGGUUUUUUCACCGUUUUGAUCUUAUGGUCGGUUUGCGGCAAAGAGCCGAACAAUUUGCAAGACUGGCGGAGGACUGGUAAAUUCAGUCUGGACCGGUUGGCCGAACUGCAGAGUGCCGAAGAAAUAGAUUGUGAUAUAAACGGCGAAUAUGUUAUAGGAUGUAGGAAAGAAGGAGACGAAGUGUACCUCCCCUUCUCGUUUUUGCAUAAGUAUUUCGAAGUCUACGGAAAGCUGGCCACUUACGACGGUUUGGAAAGGUUUGAGUGGUCGCACAGUUAUAGCAGGGUUUACCACCCGAAAGGGAAGUAUGACCCGCGAGGGGUCUUCAUGUACUUUGAAAAUUACAACGUCGAGGUGCGAGACCGCGUCAAGUGCGUAAGCGCAGUCGAGGGAGUCCCUAUCUCGACCCAAUGGGAAAGUCAGGGUUACUAUUACCCAACUCAAAUCGCCCAGUUCGGGCUAUCUCACUACAGCAAAAAUCUCACAGAGCCGGAACCAAGGCGGAAGAUAAUCGAAGACGGCGAGAGGGAACUGGCCAAAUGGGGGGUUCCCCAUCCCGGCACCAUCGAACGGGUGUACGACAAAACCGCCGGCAGCAAGGUGUUAAAGUUCAAAACCGGCGAACUUUAUUUAGACGCGAUCAAGCUGAAAAUGGAGCACGUACUUGAUUUUAUAAUGAGUCUCAAUAUCGUCCUAAGUGGCAAUAGUAGUUUUAGCAUCGUUCUACAAAACCGGGAAACCCGCGAGAUUUACAAUCUUCACUAUAUCACCUCCGAUGUACUCAUCACGGUGCAGGACAAUAACGUGUACCAUGGUCUCGGAAUGAACCAAGAAUGGAAGAAACUCACCCGCGAUCUCAUCGUCGACUUACAAAAGGGUCUAAACUACCUCGACAAAGACAAAUCCAAGCGCAAAAUACCAAAGUCAAAAUUGAAAAUAAUUACAAUUUUGUUACGCGGUUACGGCGCCAUCGACAAUCUCACACUAUCGUCAUCAGAACAUAUCCAACAAUUCUACGACGCCGCCGAAUGGUUUGUGAGGCACCAGGACACCGAAACCGGGGGAUGGCCGAUUCCAGUCAAAAGAAAACUAGCCUCGGGUUUCCACGACUUGCAAUCAGGUUGGUACUCGGCGAUGGGUCAGGGCCACGCGAUUUCCGUCUUGUCCCGGGCGUACCACCACUCUGGUGGCGACGUUCGGUACUUGCAGGCGGCUCUCGCCGGCCUUAAGCCCUUCCAAGUGCCGAGCACCAAGGGAGGCGUCCUGGCGACGUUCCUCAACAAGUACCAUUGGUACGAGGAGUACCCAACGAAACCAGCGUCAUUUGUCUUGAACGGCUUUAUUUACUCCCUUCUCGGAUUAUACGACUUGAUGACCAUUGCCCCGCCAGGGCAGGCGGACGAGGCCGAGUUUCUUUUCCGAGAAGGGAUGAUUUCCCUAAAGGGAAUGCUGCUCUUUUACGAUAUGGGCAGUGUUACUUCGUACGAUUUGAGACAUGUGACGCUAGGUGUGGCCCCGAAUUUGGCUCGGUGGGAUUAUCAUGCCACACAUAUCAAUCAGUUGUUAUUGCUGAGUACUAUUGAGAAUGAGCCGUUGUUUGCUCAAACCGCCGAAAGAUGGAUCGGUUACAUGGCGGGAAAACGAGCAGCUCAUAAUUGAAUUGUUUAUUUCGAUGGUUGUGCGAAACUUGCAGCGUAUGUCGGGUAUUUUGUUCAGUAUUUUUUUGACUCUUCUUUAUUUUUGUGCCAUACUCAAAGUAUUUGAUCGGAACUAUUCUUUGUUGUUUUUGAUCUGCCAUUAAAUGGUAGUUUUGUUUGUUGUUCGAAUGGACCAAAUUAGCUUCUUCAGAGUUUACGUUCGUUGGUUAGUGUUAAGUUUUUCGGUACUUUGUUAGGCUUCAAGUUUGGAAUUUUAUACGUUUUUUACCUAGACUUCCGACCAGUGUUCUAAAUCUAUGCGAGUUCAACAAAUUCAAUUGAAAUCUCAUUCUUAGGAAUAUCGGCUGACAAUCUUAGAACGUAAAGGAUUCUGUCGCAUAGAUUUUUCGACGUGGUAGAUCGAGUAUUCUUCAAAGACUAAAUAGGGGAAACUUAGGAGAGUCAAUUAUAGAAAGUAGUGUAAAAAAGUUGUACAUUAAAAAUGGGACUUAUGUAAAAACUUGUGUACAUAAUAUCAUAUUGUAUAAUGUUGCUGCAAUCAUAACGUUAAUGUUAGGGGAGAAACGUAGAGAUUUAUAAGUCUUUUACAGUGUAUAACGCAAAACUUAAUCUAUUGGAAAAGAGCUUACUAGUUUACCUCUACCAGCUAUGUAGUAGUCUGUCCAAGACGCAGUCAAGUCCGUCCUGGACAGCCAAAAACUUCCAAAAAUGUCCUGCCUAAAACCACGAUCAACUAUACAAUGUGUUCAUAAUCAGCACUAAUCGUUAAUUUCCGUGGCCGCGAUUUACGUAUAAUACUCUUCAACAAGUACUUUGAAUUGCCGUCCCUAAUGGCUUACUUCUGGUUUUUUUCACUAAAAGCCUAAUGAUUCUAAUACGUUAAGUAUGCGAUGUGAUAUUAUUUACGAACUAACUGUACUUAAUUUCGUAUCGUUAGGUUUGUUUAAAUCGGGGCACUGCCAAAUAAUCUCGCAGAGAGGUGUCACCAAUCUGCACUCUAUAUCAAUGUUUGAACUGUUGGAUCCAAAAUUAAGUGACUGGGACAAUAACACUUAGGGAAAUAUAUUAACCA